AUGACUAUCUGCAAAUUCUACCAGCAAGGCACUUGUCGCUUUGGAAACAACUGCCGAUUCGAACAUCCUUUAAAAGGACCUAGCGAAUUUCAAACAGGCAAUCGAUUCGGUGCCCUAGCCGGCAACGGCGGCAGCUUCGGCUCGAACCAAAAUUCCGGAUUCAGCAACAACCGAAGCAGAGAACUCCCCGACAAACUCGACGCCGAAGCCAAAGCCAUUCAAAAAGACCUGACCGACGAACUCCCAUCAUGGAUCCUCUCAGCAUACGCUCCAGGGAAAGAACCGCCCGAACAACUAUUUGGUGGAGAACAACGGGAACAGAGUUUCGAGGAAAUCCGAUUGUAUUACAUGAACGGUCUCGCAGCCGGUAAUCCCGAAGGAGCACUGAACGACAUCAACAACCUCUACCAAAGCGCCCAAGCGCAGAUCCAAGCAACGCUAGGAAAUAUCCAGGGUGCCAUCCAAUACCUCGUUGAGGCCGGUAACAAGCAUCCGAACCGACACGACAUUUGCAAGCAAAACACACUACCAGGAGGGACUACGGGCGAGUUCGGAAGCGACAGACCAAAGCCAAAUCCCUUUGGAAGCUCAACAACAAGCACAUUUGGUUCUCCUCAAACAACAAGCAACGUCUUUGGUGCUCCCUCUCAGCCAGCGGGCGCCUUUGGUCAACCAGCAGCUCUAGGAGCCAACCCAAAUCCCUUUGGAGCUCCGGCCUUUGGACAACCGGCACAACCAGCUGCUGCUUCACCCUUUGGACAGCCCUCAGCAUUGGGAGCCUCAACAUCAGCAUUCGGGACACCUAGCGCGUUGGGGGCGAAACCAAACCCAUUUGGGACACCAGCAACAGGAGGAGCAUUCGGCCAACCAGCUGCUGCCCCCGCCUUUGGACAGCCUACACAGCCGGCGGGCGCAUUUGGUCAGCCAGCACAGCUAGGAGCCAAGCCGAACCCAUUCGGAACACCAGCCGCCCCAGCGACCAGCGCCUUUGGUCAACCAGCGACGUUGGGAGCAAAGCCCAAUCCGUUUGGAACACCAACCGCUCCAGCAGCAGGAGGGGGCGCAUUCGGGGCCCCAACAACAGCCAGUCCCUUCAACCAGUCGACACAGGCGUCCAAUCCGUUCGGACAACCAACAAACAGCUCCUUCGGACAGUCAACAACUACUCCAGCAGCGAACCCUUUUGGAGCUCCAGCACAGUCAACAAGCGGUUCAUUUGGCACCUCAGCCGGUCCAGCCACCACCAACCCCUUCGGCGCCCCAACCGCCGCCGCCGCUCCCGCUGCUACACCCUCACCAUUCGGUACCUCCACAACAACACCAUUAGCCAAUCCCUUUGGCGUCCCACAACCCACCACUGCAUCAGCCAGCAACCCCUUCGGCCAACCACCUGCCGCUGCUCCUACACAGCCCGCCAGCGCCGGAGCCGCCGCAGGAACCUCCCCCUACGCCCCCACCGCUACCCGCCAACACCCACCCAUAACUGCCUACAUCACGCGCUCACCGCUCGACAACCGUCUACAAACCUUCAAGGGCAAACCAGUCUCCUACCAACGGAUUCCCAAGCCAGGCGCUCCCGACACCGCGCCGCCCGAGAAGGAAGUACCGGUGAUCAGGAACUUCGACGGAAGUUUCCAGAUCAUUUGGUUCCCUGACGGAGCGCCCAAGUAUACCCCCGAUACGGAGGGGUUGGCGGAGCAAUAUACCCCGGAUGUGUUGAGUCAAUGGCAGAAGUUUGUGGAGACGGGGAGGUUCGAAGGCGGGGUGAUGCCGGAGGUUGCGCCGAGGAGGGAGUUUUGUGCUUGGGAUUUCUAA